AUGAUCCUCCUUUCACCUACCAUCGACAGCUUGGCCAAGCUGCGGAACAUAUACGACAUCUUCUUCAUGGCACUGUUGCUCGCCAAGCAGCUGUUUCGGGAAGCGUCCCGAUCUUGUUUCUUGCAAACGCAUCCAAAACCUGAUGAUCCGUGGCACCUCCAUCCCCGGCCACACCUCGAGAUGGGUGGAGCAGCCUGCCUCUCUCCGGUGCUAAGAGCGAGAUGGAAUUGA